ACCCCCGGUCGACCGGAAAGUUUCUGAUGGAUACAAAAACAACAGCCUCCUCCUCCGGCAGCGGUGCUAUGAUGGACAUCGACGAUGAAAACCCUCAAAAACACUCAAAACCCAUAUCCGAAUUACUUCUUACAACCCCUCCAAUUGAAACCCCUCAAAAACAAACCCUAGUUCAUCCUUCUCCAAACAUUCCACCCCCUUCUAUUUCCAAACCCCCAAUUUCCAUUUCCAAUUCCGUACAACCUGAUUCUGAUCCUAUUAUUCAUAUUCCUAGUUAUUCUAAAUGGUUCUCUUGGAACAACAUUCAUGAAUGUGAGAUACGAAUUCUCCCAGAAUUUUUUGAUGGGAAGUCACCAUCUAAAACCCCAAAGGUUUAUAAAUACUACAGGAACACAAUUGUUAAAAAGUUUAGAGAAAGUAUCAAAGAAUCACCCCCAUCUAAAGAAAACCCUACGCCAAAAAUUACAUUCACUGAGGCUCGGAAAUCUAUAAUUGGAGAUGUGGGGUCAGUACGGAAGGUUUUUGAUUUCUUGGAGACAUGGGGUUUGAUCAAUUACUUUGGUUCGCCUGUGACCAAGGCUCAGUUGAGAUGGGAAGAUAAAGAGAGUAAGAAUGCUUCUGCAUCUUCGCAGCAGAACAGUGAUCCAGGAGGAGCUUCUGUUGGCGAUGCUAGUGCUGCAAAGAAGAGAUUUUGCAGUAGUUGCAAUGCCCUUUGCACCAUUUCCUGUUUUACCAACAUUAAGAAAGGCACAACAUAUUGUGCACGGUGCUAUAUUGGUUUUGAAUAUAAUCCAGAUUUUAAACGUGUGGAGAUCAUUGAAGAGGUAAACACAGAUUGGACCGAGAAAGAAACUUUGCAUCUUUUAGAAGCGGUUAUGCAUUAUGGUGAUGACUGGAAGAAGGUAUCCGAGCAUGUUGUUGGUAGAAGUGAUAAAGAAUGUGUCGACCGUUUUAUCAAGCUUCCUUUUGGAGAGCAAUAUUUUGGGCCUCCUGAUUCAGUGGAUCCUGAUAAAAAAUCUCAUAAAAUUAAGAAUCUGGUUGAUAAUGAAUUAAAUCCGAGCAAAAAGCUGCGUCCCACACCAAUUGAUGAUGCAAGCAAUCCCAUUGUGGCUCAGGCUGCUUUUCUCUCAACUUUGGUGGGAGUAGAGGUUGCGGAAAGAGCUGCUUCUGCAGCUGUAAAGGCUUUGACAGAAGUCAAUAAACAAACGAGUAUAGAAAUUCGUGAAUCUUCUAUUGGUGAUGCAAGAGAUCAUGAUUCUGUAAGGGAAAAUGGUAAGAGCGACCCAAGUUCAUUGGAAGGAACUUAUCUUGAGGCAAAGUUGCAGCUUGAGAAGGAAGAGCAGGAGUUGGAGAGGACUGUAUCCGACCUUGCUGAAGUGAAGGCUAAGGAUAUCCAUGACAAGAUUGUUCGUUUCGAAGAGCUUGAGCUACAAAUGGAGAGAGAAUGGCAACAACUACAACAAAUGCAACAUUCGUUGUUUGUUGAUCAGCUAACGCUUUUGUUUCACAAGAAUGAUAGAACCAGUUGGAAAGAAAAUACUGAACAAACAGUCAAAGCUGGAUCUUGAUAUCACUUGUAGAAUAGUUCUUGAUUAGGGUUUUGGAAUCAAGCCAUGUGCUUUAAUUAGUAUAGAUGCAAUCUACCGUAUAUUGAGAUUAUAGGAACUUGUACCUGGAAAUGUUUACAAACUCGUAGUUUCAGAUUGCAUAAACUUUGUAGCCAUUGUUCCUAAACUCAAAAUAUCAAAUUUAUUGUUAUCAUCA